AAACCAGCAAGAAGCUCAAGUGUUGAAAGGAAAAGCAAAUGUCAAAUGACAUAAUUCCAAUUUUUCUCCCUUUAUCAACUGCUGCCCAACUGUAGCCCAAAUCGGAGUUAUUUUUCUGGUGCAAGUGUAUGAGUGUGCGUUCCGAUACACCGAAUGGUGGAGCAGCCAUCGGUCCGUGAUAUCCUUUUCGGGUGACAAACUGAAAGAAAAAUUUUGUGCGACAAAAAGAACGGUGUGCGAAGUCGAGAAAUUCAAUCUGAAAUACAAAAUUGGAUUAUAUUUGGAGAAGUAUCAUACACAAGAAAAACCUGUCAUCACAUACUUUGCCAUUCACGAGCUGGACACGUUCCCCGUAUGAAUUCCAAUCCUUCGGGCAAGAAAACCAAUUACCAUAUAAUGUCCGGUUUCGAGGGUCCGGGGACAGCCAACUAGACGUGAGGUUCGAGUGUCACCACAGAGCUUAUCAAUAAUUCGCUCGCAUCACGUUCGCUAUGACGAGCUCACUCAUCGGCCGGUCUACCCACAUCCGUUAACAUCUCCGGUGGAAUUUUCUGAACAGUUGCCAAGUUUCGUUUAUCCUGGCGUCGACAGCGACAUUUUGACAUUGUACUGUAAACAUCUGAAGCUACUAAAAAAAUAGUACUGGAAUUGUGACAAAGUGCAUCGCGAUAUCGAGAUAUUCCGUUUCGAAUGAAGAUUAUAACUGACGAAGAAUGUGCACCGAAAAUUUGACCCAUUCGGGGUUGACACCACCAGUGGAAUGUGUUGAGUGUUGAGGCUGCCGGUGGCGUACAGGUGGCAGUAGUGGAUUAUUUAUAACGUUGUUUGUUUAUCGGUUGAGAGAGCGUCUGUGUGCGCGAUACUAGCGACAUCAGUCAGUCGAACAACAUGCAUCUGCACUUCGAGAAAAGCACCAACACCAAAUGCGACUGCUCGAUUCUGUCGCUCUCAUGGAUGGGCAAAGUGCCGGACGAUAUUCCAGAGGAGGAGGGCUGGAAGCUUAAUCGUACCAAUUACUACCAGGAGGGUUGGCUGGCGACGGGAAAUGUCCGAGGAAUCGUGGGUGUCACCUUCACCACAUCCCACUGCAAGAAGAACGUCGAGUAUCCGCUGAGAACGAACUACAACCUUCGGGGCCAUCGGUCCGACGUAAUUUUAGUAAAAUGGAACGAACCCUACCAGAAGCUGGCCAGCUGUGAUAGUUCCGGAAUCAUUUUCGUGUGGAUCAAAUACGAAGGCCGUUGGAGCGUGGAACUCAUCAAUGACCGCAACACGCCGGUGACGCACUUUUCCUGGUCCCACGAUGGCCGAAUGGCGCUGAUAUGUUAUCAGGACGGCUUCGUGUUAGUCGGUUCGGUGGCCGGUCAGCGCUACUGGUCCUCGAUGUUGAACCUGGAUGCGACCAUCACCUGUGGCAUUUGGACACCGGACGAUCAGCAGGUGUACUUCGGCACCACCCAGGGACAGAUCAUCGUGAUGGACGUGCACGGAGCCAUGGUAUCGCAGGUGCAACUGUGCUCUGACAUCGGCAUCACGGCCAUGGCGUGGUCCUGCGAAAAGUUCAAAAUGGAGGAAGGCGAAGAUACCGAACCUGGUGUCACUAAUGCUUCCAAACGUUCAUUUGUGCUAGCGGUUAGCUUUCAAAAUGGCUACAUCUAUCUGCUGAAGUCUUUCGAUGAUGUGUCUCCGUGCCACAUCCAUACCGGUAUGAACGGUGCGUUGGGAUUCGUGAUGGAGUGGAGUAACUCGCGGGAGCUGCUGGCCGUGGCCGGUAGUGAAAUAGUGCCUGGUCCUCAAAUGACCGAUGCCCACGGUGUUCCGGUGUUUAGCAACGUGCUCAAGUUCUACACCGAGUCGGGAAAUCUUUUAUACUCUGCAAGGAUACCCUGCAGUACGACACCGGUGACUGCACUGACAUGGGGUCACAACGAUAAGCGUAUUUUUAUUGCCACCGGUACCCAGGUACACAUAGCUUGGGUUUCGCGAAGGGUCGCUUCGUUGCAGCUCUUCUGCCGAUUGCAGGUCCAGUCCUCACUGACUUCCGAAGCUAUGCUACCAAGGCUUCCGCUACCGGGUCGAAUCAAGGCCCUAAUUGGAAAUCUUUUUGCUCAAACAAUAAGGUGCUGCGUUCCGGAUUUAAAAUCACUCCGGGAGUUUGUAUCUCGUCCACCGAUAUGUUCAACCCGACUGCACUGUACAAUGAUCCGUCACGAUGAAGAUGCCAACCAGAGCUCGGGAACUUGCUACACCUUGUAUCUGGAGUUCCUCGGUGGGCUAGUUCCCCUGCUGAAGGGGAAACGAACGUCCAAGAUUCGUCCCGAGUUUGUCAUCUUCGAUCCCCAGAUCGAUGAUGUCAGCUCAUACUGCACGUAUUCGUCCGAUUCAACAACCACCACUACGAAAAGUUCGUCGGCCUCCAGUCAUUCGACGAGCGGUACAACUGGUCGAUCUGAUAGUUCAGAUAGUGACGUUGAAGAUGGUUGCCGUUCGCCCCGAAUGUCACGGAAGCGAAAAGCCCGCACCAAAAAACGCCAACCUAGCCAGAGCGACCGAUCCCCGAAUCAAAACUCGGACUCAACAGAGAACAACGAGGAUCUGACGUAUCUCGAUACCUUACCAGAGCAUGCCAAACUAGUGGAGGUGACCUCCAACAUCUGGGGAACCAAAUUCAAGAUCCACGGUUUGGCAAAAACGCUUCCAGCGAAUCUUGGCCAGGUCACGUACAAAACCUCUCUGCUGCAUCUGCAACCACGUCAGAUGACGCUCGUGAUCACGGAACUGCGGGACGACUUCCCCACGGGGCCUGAUCCAAACUUUAAUCCGAACAUUUUUUCCGAGGACGAGGAAGAUCACACACAGCUACAUGCGAUGCCCAGCAGCAGUCGCAAAAUGGUGGAAUCGGCCCCGCCUAUUGCCCCAAUGUCUCCUAGACCAAAUAGGUUUCCAUCGCGGCCACGUCGUCAAACCCCAUCGUCUCUGGCUACGAGUUCAAGUUCACGGGCUCCAGCUUUAGGUAUGGGACCGUUGGCUCGGGCUGAGUCCUACGAAGAUGAUACCGAUGGCCCGGACAUUGGAGAACCCUCGACGUCCGUACCACCCAGAACAAUAACGACCCAGCCUAGACCAGGUCUCAGUUACUCCAGCCUAGUUAGUAGUAGACCUUCGUCCACCUCUAGUAGCCAAUCGCGUGUGGCCAUUUCUCCACUAUACUGUGAAGGAUCCGUGCCAACGCUGCAGUCACCAAAAAACGCCGUAGCACCUAGUGAUAUUAUAUUUGACAGGCCACCUGCUGGUCAAACGACUUUGAUGAGCUAUUCUAGCAACACAGACUACGUAAGCAACGUCGUCCAAGUCAAAAAUGCACUGAUGUCUUCGGACAGAACGAAUAAUCAGUCCCACGUGAAUCCGGUCCCAUUGAACCUUAAUCUUAAUCUUGAACGAAUUGAAGCCAAAGCUAGUAGUAGCCGAGAUACCACGUAUUCAGUACCCAGCAGUAGUAAGCACGGAACACCAAAGAAGCAAAAUCUCAAGUACAUUGACGAAGAAACUCCAUCGGCUUCCGUUACGCCGAUUGCCACCGAAAAUAGCACGAGUAGUGCUACGGCAAGCUCUACGGGAACCACUAUGAAACGAACACCGACAGUAGUUUCGAUGACCAUGGCGACCGGGAUUCCCGAAUCCAUCACUCGUAGCUGUAGCGUAGGAUAUCUUGAUAACAUGGAAAUUGUACCUAGUGACGCAGUGCUUUCGAUGAUGCGUAAGGAAACACCAUACAAGCGACUAGUUUUGGUGGACAAAAAGCGUCAGAAAAAAUACAAACGCAAUUUUGAUGACCCUAGGAAAUCACGCCUUCGCCAAGGUUGCAAAUCUAAAAGCCUAGAUUCCUGUGACAUACUCCAAGAUUCACCGAAUCUCAAUCGAGAUCUGAUCAACCUUUUCCGCCAAAUGCCUAAGGUCAACGAAUUGUCCGAAAAUGAAACCGAAUACUCAUCGUCCGAUCAGAUCGAACGGAUGAAACCCUCGAUCGCUGCCGUAGCAGGCCCAUCCAAACGGAGACCCUCUCUCAAGUUUCCCGGUGUCACCGGAUCGAAUCAUCCCAUUUCGAAAACACCGAUUCUCAAUAGGAAAGAAAAGCCGAAAAGCUGUGCGAUUUGUAAAAUGAUCUCUCCUACGGUAAAUUCUACGGAAACCGUUUGUGUAAAGUGUCGAAAGAAUGGUGCUCUCUCUAACGUGGACAAGGAAAACAACAGCCUUGAUGAACAGCAAAACCACAUCUAUGUAGAUAUCGUAAGUGCUAAACCUCCACAGGCUCCUCCGAAAUCCAAGAGAUCGCUACUGGAACAGUACAUCAGCUCAGCCUUUAGCAAUCAUGGCGAAUUGGUACUUAAGGACACAUGUGGUGCUGGUUCAAGCAAGAGUAUAUUCGAUAGGAAAAACAAUAACAACAGUACCAAUACGAAUGGCUGCGAAACUAAUGGAACCUGUAGCACUCCGACGAAAUCAAGAGUUAGAAAGAAUCUUGAAAUUGUGACAAGUUUUACCGAUAGUCCAUUGUUUAGCCGGCGGCAUCGAUCGUUGAAUCGUAGCGAUUCCUCUAAGCUGCAAAGCGAAAAUAAUACACCCGUACUAAGUAGGAAAACGGAUAAUGGUAAAGAAAACGAUGACAGUAGAAAGAGUAGGAAAAAGGACGAAAGUCCUCGGAGGCAUCGACGCAACGAUAGUUGUCCGGGUCCUAGCUCGGAAAACAAUAACGGAGACGGCCCUCCACUGAAACCGGUCGAAAUUACACCAGUCGAGCAGAAAGCUUCCGUUUCGUUGCACACACAGGCCCUAACUACACUUGAGAACAUUAUCAGUCGGUUGCGUGACCUCGACGAGGGUCGCCUAACACCUCCAUCGUCUCCCUCAAGUUCCCGUUUGCCGAGAAGCUCACCAGCCUCUCCGGCACCCAGUAAAAAGAGCAAACGCCACCAGAGUGCUUCGCCCAUUCGCCAUAUACUGAACUCGCCGUUACUGAACCGGCGUCAGCGCAAGAAACAGCACACCGAGAGCUCCGACGAUGAAAACCAGCUCCUUGGACAAACCGAUGAUAGUAGUGGUGGGAGUGGCAGCAACAAGCAGUACCGCGAUCUUGAAACUUUCCAAAAGGCACAACUUCGACAGAAGCUCAAGCGAGGGAAGAUUGAGCCGAAUGGUGUGCCGAGCUCGUUUUUGCCACAGGCUCCCGUGCGCAGGGAAUUCGUUAUGCACAACAAGGCGCCAAUGUGGAACGAAAAUAGUCAGGUUUACCAGCUGGAUUUCGGAGGACGGGUGACCCAAGAGUCGGCCAAGAACUUCCAGAUCGAGUUUCGGGGCAAGCAGGUAAGAUACAAAACGAGUACCUACUGGUGGCUCCAUAGAUAAAAAUGACUACAAACUACUC